AUGCCUGUGAUUAAGGAGUACAUCAAUCCCGCUGGGCUACGCUUGGACGGGCGCCGACCAAACGAGCCGCGGCGGCUAGCGUUAGAGUUCGGGAAGAUUUCAGGCUGCGACGGCUGCUGUACGGUGGUGAGUGGACUAUCGCAUGUCUGUGCCACUGUUUACGGUCCCAGGGAAGUUUCCAACCGCUUGGAGGGGAAAUAUAAUGAGGUGACAAUAACCUGUGAUGUUGUUGUCGCUGCCUUCGCCGGAGAGCGCAGGCGCGAACAGCAGCGGUACUCAAGGCUCUCUGAGGAUAUUAGCGCAUCAGUACUGGAUGUUGCUCGCUCUGUUGUGUUGUUAUCGCAGUAUCCAAACUCACAGAUUCACAUUUGCAUUGAGGUGCUUAAACAGGAUGGUAGUGACAAGGCUGCUUGUAUCAAUGCAGCGUGUUUGGCCCUUAUCGAUGCAAGCAUUGCCAUGAAGGAUGUUGUGUACACGCAAACAGUGGGGCUGAUAGAGGGCUUUGACGUUGUGGACCUCACCACAGAGGAAAUACACUCGCAAUGCCCCUCUAUAUGCAUAACGGUGCAGGGACACGAUCCCACUAACAUAGUGUGGAUGGAGUCGAAUAGCCGUCUCGCGCCGGAAGUAAUUACCAGACUUGUAAAAGUGGCGCAGAAAGCCUCGACUGACGUGUUUGAAACCGCGCUUCGGGGUCCGCUGGAGGAGCACGCCGCUACGGUUCUCCGAUUGCAAGCGAAUUUAGGUAACAUCGAGUAA